UCAUAAAUCAAAAUACUAUAUACCUAGAUUUGAACACAUAUAACAGAUCCGGAAAACCGUUUGGUUAGAGUGAGAAAAGCGAGCGAAGAUGAUAAAAGCUGUGAUGGUGAUGAACACUCAAGGCAAGACUCGACUGGCAAAAUUUUACGAAUACCUGCCAGUGGAGAAGCAGCAGGAGCUUAUACGCGGCGUUUUUGCAGUCUUGUGCAGUAGAGCUGAGAACGUAAGCAAUUUCAUAGACGCGGAAUCAAUUUUUGGUCCGGACAGUCGCCUUGUCUACAAGCAUUUUGCCACUCUUUACUUUGUUUUUGUAUUUGAUAGUUCUGAAAAUGAGCUAGCCGUGCUCGACUUGAUACAAGUUUUUGUGGAAACGUUGGACAAAUGCUUCCAGAAUGUUUGCGAGCUUGACAUUGUGUUCGGUUACAGCAAGGUACACACUAUCCUGGAUGAGAUGAUUUUUGGAGGUCAAGUGGUGGAAACAAGUUCAUCGGAAAUUAUGAAGGCAAUUGAAGAGAUUUCAAAGUUAGAAGCUGCCUCAAAUGCUAUCACACUCAUUCCAAAAUCCGCUUCUGGUUGGCGAAGUAGGUAGUUUUAACAUUCAGAUGCUCUUAAUAUUGGUUAUUGAAUUAUUUACUGUCAUCGUGAGUUGGUAACUUGUGUUUGAAAUUAACUCGGUGGUCAAUGCUUGAGUGAGGAGUUUCAUCUCAUAUUGGCCCACAUAAUAAUCAGAAGUUUAGAGGUGUUCCAUUUGAGCAGUUAGUUUU